AAAUUAAUGUAAUUUAAAUCAAAGGUUUCCACAUUGUUUAACAUUGUAUUUUCCUAGUUGUGCAUUAUUUACAGGCGCAUUACGCAAGCUGCGCGAUGGAGAAGGAGCGACCGUUUAAAUUGUUUCUACCUCCACGGAUCAGUCAUGGCCAGGUGUUUGCUGUAAAACCUCAAGAAAUGACGGAGGAUGGUGGAUCAACCCAGGCUUUUGGGAAGCGCUUUGAUAGUAAUGACUCAAGCUUGCCAUUAACAAAGACAAACACCUCCAAGUAUUCAAAACCAGCCAAUCCAGACCCUGUUUUAAAAAAGAUGCCAAUAAUGCCAGAAGAAAUGUGCACUGAAAAAGUCAGUCAGCUUUAUUCCAAGCUUUAUGAGGAAGCUGAGAAUAUAAAGAGAUGGAAAGUGGCCACGGAUGCUGAAGUUGUACAGAAGGAUAAGAAAUUACAGGAAAAUAAAAGAACUAUUGAAAACCAGCGCAAAGCCAUUCAGGAGUUACAGUUUGGAAACGAGAGUCUGAGCAUGAAAUUGGAAGAAGAGAUGAAUGAAAAUAAAAAUGUGAACAACAAAAAUCUGGCCACCAGACACUUGUGUAAUCUGCUAAAGGAAACGUUUGACAGAUCAGGAGAGAAAAUGAAUUUAUAUGAAUCAGAGAGAGAAGAAACACAUCACCUGCUUAUUCAGAAUAACAAGGACAUCCAGAGGAUGGUACUGGCAUUUGAUGGCCUUCAAAUCCAAGCUGAAAAUGAAAGAAAGGAGAUGAAGAUUAAAUUAAAAGAGAGUAAACAGCAGAGUGAGGAACUCAGAAGGGAAUGUCACACAGAACUGAGGAAGAAACAAGAACAGGUGUUGCAGCUUAAGCAGAAGUAUGAUGAAAAAGAAAAUGAACUUCAGCAAAUAUGGCUUCAUUUUCAAGAAACAAAGCAGAAAUAUGAGCAGCUAGAAGAAGCAGCAAGGAAACAAUAUAAUGAGCUACAAGAUUCGCAUAGAAAACAAGAGGUGCUUUUAGAUAAACAGGAAAAAGCAGAAAACUCCCAUAAAAAAACCCAGGAACAUCAGAAAGUUCUCGAGACAAUAUUAGAAACUAAAGAACGAACACUUGGGCAAGUAAUUGUGGAGAAAGACGCAGCCAUGGAAGAGCUUAAUAAAAUGAAAGAAUGUCAGGCAGCAGCGAUUAAGAAGCUCCAGGAUACAAUACAGAGUUUAGAGACAUCCCUUACAAUGGAGAAACUAAGGUCAGAAGAACUUGACAAGAAUUUAAACAACAUGUCAGUGGAAGCAAAUAAAAUAACUUGUGAAUUAGGAGCAAUAGAAGAACACAAAAAAGAGAAAGAAAAGGAAAUCAAACAGCUUACAGAUGAACUGGGAAUUGCUAGACAGUCCAUAACUGUGUUAGAGGAAAAGUUUAAAAAUGAAGAGAAAAAGGCUAGGAACCUGAUAACUGAACUGGGGGUCAAAAACACAGCACUAUGUGAACUAAAGGAAGCAGUUGAGCUUCUUUCAGAUGUGAAAGGUAACCUUGAGAAGGAUGUAGAACAGCUGCAGAAAGAUCAGGAAGGGUUAAAGCAUGUUGUACAAAAAAAAGAGUUUGAAAUAUGUGAGAUUCAAGAACAGUUAUCUGCUGCUCUUGGAAAGGAGAGAGUCUCUUUGGAAGAAGUGGAUAAUUUAAAGAUGAUCCUUGCACAGAAAGAGAAAAGCUAUGAAGAGUUAACUUCAAGUUUUAGCAAGCUUUUACUUGAUCAAGAACAACUUUCACAGGAGAAAAAGAAUGUAGUUGUUGAGGUCAAAAACCUUGAAAAACAGCAAAAGGCCAGUAAGCAAAAUGAAGAAAAGGCUAGGAAGGAAAUUGAGAAGCUAGAAGAAGAAAACAAUAAACUCAGGCAAGUUUUUGUUUGACUUGUAGCUACAGUACUGUAUUACGCAUAGUACUGUCAGUUUAGAACAGAGGAUGCUCAGUGCGUUCACUGUAUGAAAUAAAUACAUCUAUUGUUUUGCUCAUUGUCAGAGAGGAAAUUGAAUCGUUAAAGGAAAACAUUGAACAGAAUGGUUUGGACACAGAAAACAAACUAGAAGAGCAUGAAGAAAAUAAUAAAAGUUUGCACAAUGAACUUGCUAAAAAGGACAGGCAGCUCAAGACAGUGGAAACAAAGGUAAA